ACGGAGCGGGGGGGGUCUGUCCCGGGGGGGGCACACGCAGCCUGUGGGAGAGUCUGUCUCAGAGGCGGGGCAGGAGAAGCUCCCGCUUCCUCCCCCCCGCGGGCCGGCGGCGCAGGGGGCGGGGCGCUGCGUCUGUGCGCGCGGCCCGGCCCCGGCUCGUUACUCAGCGGCCGCGGCUGAGGCGGGAGGCGGCGGAGCGGUUGAGAGUGAAUUUUGGAUGAAGCGAUCUAACUAAAUUGUAGUCAUGAGCAGAAGCAAGCGUGACAGCAAUUUCUACAGUGUAGAGAUUGGAGAUUCUACUUUCACUGUACUGAAACGAUAUCAGAAUUUAAAGCCUAUAGGAUCAGGGGCACAAGGAAUAGUAUGUGCAGCCUAUGAUGCCAUCCUGGAACGAAAUGUUGCAAUCAAGAAGCUUAGCCGGCCAUUUCAGAAUCAAACCCAUGCUAAACGAGCCUACAGAGAGCUUGUUCUCAUGAAGUGUGUAAAUCACAAAAAUAUAAUUGGCCUACUGAAUGUGUUCACACCACAGAAAUCUCUGGAAGAAUUUCAAGAUGUUUACAUAGUGAUGGAGCUCAUGGAUGCAAAUCUCUGCCAAGUGAUUCAGAUGGAGCUAGACCAUGAACGAAUGUCGUACCUUCUUUAUCAGAUGCUGUGUGGUAUUAAGCAUCUUCACUCAGCUGGGAUUAUCCAUAGGGAUUUAAAGCCCAGUAAUAUAGUAGUAAAAUCAGACUGCACUUUGAAGAUUCUUGACUUUGGACUGGCCAGAACUGCAGGAACUAGUUUUAUGAUGACGCCUUAUGUAGUGACUCGUUACUACAGAGCACCAGAGGUCAUCCUAGGGAUGGGAUACAAAGAAAACGUGGAUUUAUGGUCUGUGGGGUGCAUUAUGGGCGAAAUGGUUUGCCACAAAAUCCUCUUUCCAGGAAGGGACUAUAUUGAUCAGUGGAAUAAAGUUAUUGAGCAGCUAGGAACCCCAUGCCCUGAAUUCAUGAAGAAAUUGCAGCCAACAGUGCGGACUUAUGUGGAGAACAGACCUAAAUAUGCUGGAUAUAGUUUUGAAAAACUCUUCCCAGAUGUACUUUUCCCAGCUGAUUCUGAGCACAACAAACUUAAAGCCAGUCAAGCAAGGGACUUGUUAUCAAAAAUGCUGGUUAUAGAUGCUUCUAAAAGAAUCUCUGUGGAUGAGGCUCUGCAGCACCCAUACAUCAAUGUCUGGUAUGAUCCAUCUGAAGCAGAAGCACCUCCACCAAAGAUACCAGACAAGCAGUUAGAUGAAAGAGAGCACACAAUAGAAGAAUGGAAAGAGUUGAUAUACAAGGAGGUCAUGGACCUGGAGGAAAGGACCAAGAACGGGGUUAUACGUGGACAACCAGCCCCUUUAGCACAGGUGCAGCAAUGAUCAAUGGUUCACAACAUCCGUCGUCUUCAUCAUCUGUCAAUGAUGUGUCUUCAAUGUCAACAGAUCCAACAUUGGCCUCUGAUACUGACAGCAGUCUGGAAACAUCCGCUGGACCUCUGGGUUGCUGUAGAUGACUACUUGGUCUUUUAGGGGGAUGGGAAGGGGAGUCCUUUAGUCAUUGAUAGGGCACCUUUAAGAAAAUCAGUGGUAUUAUUUUUGAGUGUUUUUUCAAAAAUAAUUGUAGGAUUCAUUUUAAAGUGCUGUAAUUUUAAACUGUAAGUUGUGUUAAAAGCAGCCACAAAAAUGUAUUUUUUUUGCUGUAAUUAACUCUGUAAAAUAUUAAACCUGAUAAUUUUAUCAUGGUUUUAAAAAAUCUGCAUAUUUGCUUUACUAUUAUGCUGCUGAUCUUUUUUUUUUUACUGAAUUUGUAAGAUUUGUUUGAUCAAAGCACAUAUUCAUGUUGUUUCUGCCGUAUCAUGUAUUAUUUAAGAUUUUAUAGGUUUUUCAAUUUUUUUAUUAGAAUUUUUUCCAAAUAUUUUGUUCAUGAUUAUCCUUCAAAGUUAUAUGCUUGGUCACUUGUUUUACCCAUGUGGAAGAGAAAAUAAUACAUUGUAGCCUGUCAUAGCUUUGGGUAUAGCUACUGUAGUGGUAGCAAUGAACACAGAAUCCUUUAAUUCUGUCUACUUGCCUAUAACAAUUGAAUAAAAGCAGCAGUUAGUGAGUUUCAUUAGGGAAGCCGUUUAUGACCCAGGGCAAAGUCAUCUCAUCUGAGAGGCAAUAUAAACAUAAAGCAAAGCAUAUCUUUAUAGCUACAGAAGUAUCCAGCCUGCCAAAAGGAGAUGGUGGCAGAACUGUGGCAAGCUGAAGCUUAUGAUCUCAUAAAACAAAAAGAGGAUACUUCAUGAAUAAUACAUUGCAAUGCAAAUAAACUGUUUACUUCUAGUAGCUCUUAGCCUGUUUUUGUACACAAAAAACAAGGUAGAGCCAGGAUAUCUAGAUUUCCAACAGGGAAAACUAUAGCUGUAGUUAUACUUUCACAUAGCAUGUGGUUCUUUGGAGUUUAAGUUCCUUAUUUUCUGUGUUAGGAUAGAGCAGUUCUGUGUUGGGUGUGUGUAUAGAAAACUCCAUCUUUUUGACCACUCUUUCUUCACCCAGAGUAACUUAUUCCUGUAAACCAGUCACUGGGGGGAGAACCUCAGGUUGUAAGAUUUCUGUAGCUAAUGCAUUAAGAGAGCAAUAUAUGCCAUGAUAAUGGUGGGAAAUAGCAGUGCGAGAUAAAUCGUUUUUCUCUUUCACUUCACUAUCAGACCAGCAUAGCAGAAAUCUUAAUAAUGGUUCUUUUUAAGCCAUGAAUGUUCAGUAUCUUUCAGCAUUGAAGCCCCAGCUGUCAAUGCUCUUUUAAAAAAAAAAAAAAAAAAAAAAAAAAGAAAAAAAAGAAAAAGAAA